GCAGCCAGGGUGCAUGAUGGGAUCUUUCCGGCGCCCCAGGCCUCGGUUCAUGAGUUCUCCGGUUCUGUCGGACCUGGCCCGGUUCCACGCCAGCUCGACGUCGCUGCAGCUGUCCAACGCCAGCGUGUGGAACAGUGUCCAAUCAGCUGUGAUCAAAGUGUUCCAGGGCGGAGCGCUGCAGACCAACGAGCUGUUCACGCUUAACGAGAGCAUCAGGUGGCUCCUUAAAACUGAGAUGGGCUCCUUCAUCACCGACUACUUGCAGAACCAGCUGCUGACUCCAGGUCUGUCUGAAGUCCUGGACCAGGUCCUGCUCCACUCAGGUGGCGAGCAGCUCGCGGUCCUCGCCGACAUGUGGGACAGAUUCUUCACGGAGAUCCUGCCGACCCUACAGGCCAUCUUCUACCCGGUCCAGGGUCAGGACCUGACUGUGAGGCAGAUCUCCCUGCUGGCCUUCAGAGACCUGGUGGUGUUGAAGCUCCCUCUGGAGGAGACUCUGAGCUCUGCAGCCUCCGUCCCUCCACCUCUCACUCAGAUGCUGCUCGUUCUGCAGGGUAUCCACGAGUCGGGCCUUCCCAGUCUGGAGUACUACCAGCUGGAGCGUCUGGUGGCCAUCGUCGUGUCUCCGUAUCUCAGCAACGUUCUGCACAACAGAAACCCGACUCAGCUGCUGGAGCCGCGUCACCUGCGCUCGUCUCCGGAGGUCACCGUGACGCAGCACCACACCUGGUCGGACUCGGCGUCCCUGGCGCCGCUGGUGGAGCAGGAGGGCGAGGCCUACCUGGAGAAGUCUGGCGGCGUGCGGCGCCACACGGUGGCCAGCGCGCCAUCGGACGUCCGGCUGCUGUCGGCGGCGGGCAGGAUGCAUGCUGGGAAAGGGAGGGAGACGGGCAACGGCGUGGGGGGAGGGGGGCGCAGGGGAGGGGUGGAGUUUAUGGUCGGGGGCGGGACGAUGAUGAGUCCCAGGACAUUCUCCAUCUCCAGCCAACCGGACGUAGCCGAGGCUCCGAGGGGAGGAGUCAUCUGCCUUCCUCGCAGCUGA